AUGGUACUAGGGGUCGUCAUGAUUGCGGCCAUGAUGCCGACAAUGAUCGGUCUGAAUGAAGCUACUCAAGGGAGUCGACAACAAGAGGAAGACCGAUUGAGCAACAAGCGCAAGGCGCGCACCCACCUCGUGGCCACAGUGUCAUUAAGCCAGGGCACGCAGGAGCAACGGCAGCAGAUUCACAAUGCCACGGUGCAAGUGGGUCGAGACGGGAAACUCUAUAUCACCAAAGAGCCAGCUUCCACCAUGGUCCCAUACAAUGGCGGAUUCUACACACAUCCAGAAUUCCCGCCCGAUAAUACAUCCGGGCUAGUGACCAUCAGUGGGGAGGAGUCUCCAACUCUCCGCUGGGUGUUCCUGGAUGUGAACACGCAUGAGCUGCGUUGGGGUGGGCGUCCCGAUAGUGAGGGCCACGUAUGUGGACCCUUCGACUGGUCCAAAGACGAGACGUACGUGACGUUGGAGGGCUGGGAGGGCUGGCUGGCUGUACGGCUGCCGGAGGAUGACACCCAGGAACGUACAAAUCAAGAGCUAGGGAUCGACGAGGGGCGCGGAGUCUGGCGAUUGUACUUUGAUCAUAAUGACGACGGAGCUGAUCUGCCACCCGGCGCUCAGGGACUUGAGAUUCGGCUGAAGCGAGUGACGGCGCAGUCAUGA